GCUGCCGCUCGGCACCUACGGCGGGGCGGCCGCCGCCGCCGCCCUGCUGCUCUGGGCCGUGUGCGUGCUCUGCAGGAGGAGAAGAAAGACUGGAGAGCCCCCACUAAUAAAUGGCUGGAUUCCUUACCUUGGGAAAGCUCUGAUAUUUAGAAAAGAUGCUUACAAAUUCUUACUGGAUCAGCAAAAGAAAUUUGGAGAUAUUUUCACUGUACAUAUUGCUGGUGAGAAAUAUUUUAGUAGAUAUAUUACCUUUAUCAUGGACCCAUUUCAAUAUGUCUAUGUCAUCCGAAAUAGCAAGCAACUUGAAUUUCAUGAAUUUGCAAAUAAAAUGGCAUCCAAAACUUUUGACUACCCAGCCUUGUCAAAAGGAAAAUUCCCUGAACUCAAGGAAAACCUGCACAGAAUCUACCAGUAUCUACAAGGCAAGCCUUUGGAUAUCAUUUCUGACCACAUGAUGAAAAAUCUCCAGGAUAUAUUUGAAUGGAAAUGCUCACAAGCAACAGAUUGGGAAACAGAAAAAAUGUACAAAUUCUGCUGCUCUGUAAUGUUUGAAGCCAGUUUUGUAACACUAUAUGGAAGAGUUCCUGCUGCAGAUGGCCACAAAGUUAUUAGUGAAAUCAGAGACAAAUUUAUCAAGUUUGAUGCCAGCUUUCCCUAUUUAGCUGCAAACAUACCAAUUGAGUUGCUAGGAGCUACCAAGAAGGUUCGGAAGGAGCUUAUACAUCAUUUUUUACUUCAGAACAUGACAAAAUGGCUGGGAGGGUCAAAAGUGGUCCAAGCCAGACAAGAUAUAUUUGAGAAAUAUGAGCUGCUUGGAGAUUAUGACAAAGCAGCACAUCAUUUUGCCUUCCUGUGGGCCUCUGUGGGAAACACGAUUCCAGCUACAUUCUGGGCCAUGUAUUAUCUUCUGCGGCACCCAGAAGCUCUUGCAGCGGUGCGUGACGAGAUUGACCAUUUGCUGCAGUCAACAGGUCAAGAGAGAGGGCCCACAUAUAACAUCCACCUCACCAGAGAACAAUUGGACAACCUGGUCUACCUAGAGAGUGCCUUAAACGAGAGUUUAAGAAUGUGCUCGUCCUCUAUGAACAUCCGCAUCAGCCAAGAGGAUUUUGUUCUCAAGCUUGAAGGGAAUCAAGAAGUCGUUUUGAGGAAAGGAGACUGGAUAGCCCUUUACCCGCAGAUUUUGCACAUGGACCCUGAGGUCUAUGAAGAUCCUAAGGAGUAUAAGUUCGAUCGAUACAUAGAGAAUGGCAAGAAGAAAACCACAUUCUACAAGGCAGGAAGAAAACUGAAGUAUUUCCUAAUGCCCUUUGGCUCUGGGAUCAGCAUGUGUCCAGGGAGGUUCCUCGCGAUGAAUGAGAUGAAGAUGUUUCUUUUCAUACUAUUGUCUCAUUUUGAUGUAGAACUAGCAGAAAACAAAGCUGUCAGACUUGAUAACAGUCGCAUGGGCCUUGGUAUCCUCCUGCCAGACGUUGAUAUUGCCUUUCGUUACAAACUAAGGUCCUAAAGAAAUUGAGCAGCUGCCUAUAUGCCUUCCACUAAUCUCCAUGUUUGCUCUGUUUCAUCACUCAGCUUUAUAUUUUUGGACACGUUUGCUUUUCCCUCUUUGCUUUUACCUCCUUCCUCUUUGUUUCUAAGGAGAAAAGCUGUUGGGCUGGAGGUAAAGACCAGAUGCAGGGACGUGCAGCCUCAAUUUGUCCUGCUUGAGUUGUGAGAAGUGAGAUGAUGUGACCAGAGUCUGGCCAAGUAAAGAGCCCAGCAUCGCUACAAGGUGCAUCCCCAUACUCUUGGUUGUGAGAUGAGCAGGAUUUACAGGGAGCAUGAAUCCAGGCCACUUACAUGAAUAUCAGCAUCUGCUCAUAGAAGCAUAACAACAAGAAAGGGGGAGCUUCUUGUGAUUAUUAUCCUAACUUUAUAGUUACUUUAUUUCUUUCAUGGCCUUGAGCCCUUUAUUUGGGAGAUGU